AUGUGGAGAUACUUGAAGAGACGAGAAGAUGCUGGUAAUUCCUGUGGACGAGAUGAUGAAUUCCUCGUAUUUACAGUAGAAGCGGAACAGAUAGUUUGGAGAAAGUUGCUCACGUUAAAGGCUAUGUUGCACUUCUUUAGUCAAUUAACCUAUGAUUAUGCGUCACUUUCUUUUAUAUGUCCACCUUCACACACAUCACGAAAAAAAAGCUUAUUGAUCUUUGAUGAGGAUAUUCGAGGCGAUCGACUCAUUCCAAGCGAUUAUAAAAUUAACUUUUUAAAAGAUCAAGAAUGUAAAUUACUUUGUAAAAAAGCUUGGAGUGUUGAAGAUGCUAUUCAAGUAAGCGAUUUAAUUUCAAAUAAUUAUCAAGUAGAAUGGAUAUUAGAUGGUUUAAUUGGUUCAACUGUUUCUUAUACAAAUGAAGCCCCUGAACAUAAUUAUCGAAUUGGAUUUCCAUUGGGUUUUAAAAAGGGAGAGAACACAUAUAUCAAUAAUCAUGUCAUUUUUCAAGUACUUUAUACCGAGAAAGGCGAUAUUACAGGCUUCGAAGUUUAUCCUGACUCAAUUGCAGAAGGAGACUGUAUGAAAAAUUCAGUAGAUUAUGAACAUCAAGAAGUAACAGGUAGAAGAGGACAAGUCAUAUUUACUUAUUCUGUAAAAUGGAAGCAAGUAAAGAAUGCUAAACGUUGGCAGAAUUAUAUUAUACCACAUCCUGUCGGAUAUAGUUUCUGGAAUGGACUGACUGUUGAUAGUGUAUUAUGUAUCAUCAUUGGAUUCAUCUUAUUCAAGACAAUGCCUAAUAACAAUAGCAAUAGUGAAGAUAUUAAGAUUUAUGAUGAUAAUACAGAAGAUUUUACAGGAUGGAAAUUGAUCCAUAGAGAUGUAUUUAGACGCCCUGUUUAUGGUGGAUUAUUAACUCCAUUCAUGGGAACUGGUAUUCAAUUGAUAUUUGUAUUUAGUGGUUUAAUAUGCGCAUUGAAGAUGAAUUGGUGCAAUCCUGUUCAGCCAGGUUCAUUGACUCGUUGGUUUACAUUAUUAUUUUUACUGGGAAGUGUGCCUGGUAGUUAUUGGAGUGCUAGAAUGUAUAAAGUAUUUCGUGGUAAAUCUUGGGUAUUAAAUAGUAUUCUUGUAAAUAUGAUAGCAUGGACACAUAAAUCUUCUUUAGCUAUUUCAUUAUCAGGUUGGCUAUCUCUGCUUUCAGUUUGGUUUUUUUGUCUAUUGCCCUUAACCUAUUUAGGAGCCUAUUUUGGUGAAAAAGCGGAUCGUAUUGAACAACCCUCACGAAUUACACAGAUACCACGCCUUAUACCUAGUAAGAAUUGGUAUCAAUUAAAUAUAAUUAGAGCGAUAUUAGGUGGUAUUAUCCCAUUCUCUAUUAUAUUUCUAAAUUGGCAUAAUUUCCUUGUAUCCAUAACAAGAGGAGAAUUUGCAAUGUCAAUAGAAGAUACUAUAUGGAAUUCUAUCUUAAUGAUAAUUGCUGUAUCAGAGAUAACAGUUAUAUUUAUCUUUUUACAGUUAUGUUCAGAGGAUCAUCAAUGGUGGUGGUCUUGUUUUAUGAUUGGGGCUUCACCUAUUAUUUAUUUAUUUGGUGUAUGUACUGGAACGAUAGGCUUUAUAAGUACAUAUUUAAUGAUUAGACGAAUUUAUUCGACUGUGAAGUCACCCACUGUUAAUAAACAUAAUGAUGUAAAGCUUUUAAUUGACAAGUUUCUUAAACACUUGGAUGGACGAGAAAAGUCAAUGAAGAUCAUUCAAUAUUUUUUAAAAGUCAUUCUUUUAUAUCGACCUCGACCCUUUAUUCACAACUUGACCAAUCAGCUUUCUCUUACUCGACAAUUAUUAUCUUUAGGGACAGCCAUAGAUGAUUUCCAUUCUCUUCAAAGACAACCUACAAACUUAUUCAUCCUUAACCGUAUCGUGAAUGCAAUUGCAGACGAUAUCUAUUGUCUUUGUCGUAUUAUCCAGCCUCGGAAUAAAAGGCUACAACAUUAUGCUGCCUUAAUAGCAGCCUAUUGUUGGUUUAUGAGUAUUCUAGUUAACCUAAAAAGACAAAUGAGAGAAUGGAGUCGAGAUCGAAUGAAUAAAGUAACUGUAUUGAAAUCAAUAGCUGAUUUAGUAUUUUGCGGCUGUGAUAUAUUUCAUCCCUCUUGUCAUGGACAGCUUCAAGCAUGGUCAGGGUUAAUAAGUGGUCUAUUGGCUGGCUAUAAAAUGGUGUUGGUGUAA